GGUAGGUUGAGCCGAGUGAGGUCCACUGAUAUUUGACAGCUUCACAGGUGAGACGUCCGUCCAGCGGCUGCUCCACUUUCUGGUUUUUUUAACUGACGGAACGCAACUCACUGUGAGUCUGGGGUUGCCACACUCAAAAAACAACCACUCGAAGUCCAAUCACGCCGGCAGCAUGAGCAAAAAGAAAAAGGACUGGAAGACUGAGAAAGAGAGACUCCUCCGUAUGGACCGAGAGGAGAGACGCAAAGAGUAUCGACGUCAAGAUUUUAUUAGUCUGGACAAGAUCCCAACCUGGAGCGAGGAGAAUUACCCUGACGACAAAGAAGAAGAGAAGGAGAUGACAGGUGGAGGAGGAGGAGGAGGUCUCAGCGAUAAAGUCUCUCUCUACAAAGGUGACAUCACUGUCCUGGAGGUGGACGCCAUCGUCAAUGCUGCAAACUCAAGUCUUCUUGGAGGCGGUGGAGUGGAUGGCUGUAUACACAAGGCGGCCGGGUCGUGUCUUUACGACGAGUGCCACUCGCUCAACGGCUGUGAUACAGGCAAGGCCAAGAUCACUUGCGGCUACGAUCUCCCUGCAAAAUAUGUGAUCCACACUGUGGGCCCAGUGGCCAGAGGUCACGUUGGCUCGACUGAGACCAGCGACCUCACCUCCUGCUACCAGAACUCCCUCCGGCUGGUGAAAGAACACGGCUUGAGCACUGUGGCGUUCCCCUGCAUUUCCACUGGAAUCUAUGGCUUCCCCAAUGAACCUGCUGCCGACAUCGCUUUGAACACAGUCAAGAAGUGGAUCGAAGAGAAUCCCGAUAAGAUCACACGGGUCAUUUUCUGCGUCUUCCUGGAAACGGACUUCACCAUCUACAAGAAGAAAAUGGCCAACAUCUUUCAAGACAAUGACAUGGAGGUUGCAGAGGAGCCGCUGAGGGGAGAUGAAACACCACCAUCCAUGAAAUCCCCAUCUAGGGAGGGGAGUGAAAAUCCGGAGAGAGAAGAAAGAGAAGAAGAAACAGGAGAAAAAGAAGGUGACAAAGGCGCCGCGGGAAUCGAAGAUGUGGUGAUGGAGAGUCAGAACCUAGAUGAAGACUCAGGCACCGAAGAGCCCAACCAAGUUGAGGACAAAGAUCAAGCUGAAGACGGUGAUGACGAUGACAAUCCAGGUUUCACGGACAACAAUGAGGAGGAUCAAGGAAUCGCUAAUGACAAGGAUAAAGAUGAAGACGAUGAAGAAGAGGAGGAAAAACCUGCUGAAAAGGCGGAGGAUGACGGCGGAGGAAAAUCCACUGUAGAGAUGGAGGAUGUCACUGAAACCAACGAUCCUGGCACCAGCAAUGACGAGGGGAUGAAAGAUGAUGUCGCAGGCUCAGAAGAACCUAUUCUCACUGACAGCACCCAGUCCAAAGAUGCUAUUGAGAAGAAAGAAUGACCAGAUGAGGGAAGGACAAUCAACCUUAUCUGACAGCCAGCAAACUGUGCAAGGGCCUACCACCUGGGGUCGAACCGGCUCCUUGGGAUUACGGGGCUCUGACAUUGGCCAACAUUCUCACUUUCCCACCUUUAUUUAGCUUCCUCCACGUUGGUUUAAACCUUCCUCUCCACUCAAGUUUAUGUCAGAAUGUACCUACUAUAGGACUUGAACAUAUCAGCCAGAAAAGAUGAGCCAUACCUCACUGUGUGUUAGAGUCAUUCUCCCGCUAGAUGUGAUGCCACUAACCAGGUUCUUUUGUUUGAUUUAUCCUGCUGUUCGAGCAUGCUGAAGCCGUCGGGGGACAGACGUGUCCUUUGAUUCUGCCGGCGGUAAACAUCAAGCCACUUUUUUUUUUCUUCCGACAUCUGAGACGCCACGGUGGCAGUCGCGCUGACUUUCAACAGUCGAAUCCUGAGUUUGAAUGGCUCUUUGGAGUGCGACCUGUCUCCUCGCGCUCGGCUGCUGCUGCCGCCGCUCCCACCGAAUCAGCCGACGCUUUGAAUCAGACGCAGGUCUCGGAGGAUCUGGAACCCCUCCAGGCCUUUUAGCUACCAACAUUAUCGUGUCUGAUCUCAAAUGCAGCUUGACUCAUUCGACCGGGUAAAAGCUCGUCAGCGCACACGCAUGCUAAAGAGGAUGUGAUUGUCUUUUUAACAAAUCGAUUAGUUCUAAACCUGUGCCCUUUUUUUUCUAGUGCAUGCUGGAUAAUUCAUUUGAACGUCAUCAACAUUCACAGGAAUUUCUGCUUCAUUUCCUUGUCCCUGAUGUUCCAACGGUAUUGAAUAAAUCUGCCUUAUUUUGUAUCAAGCUCACAUUCACUCAUGACAGACGUGGUCAAAGGAUGAAUAAUGUACGACCUGCUUGCAGAUGAAUUUUUCAUUUUGACUAAAUCAUGCACUGUCUAAUACCUAAUUUCCCCCUUAAUUCAUCAAUGAUGUAUCUGUUUGGUUCUCAGUGUUGGUAUGAUUUAUGUAUCGCGUUGAGUGGUGCCAUUUUAUCGACCAGAUGAGUCACGUUUAUGAAAUGAUGCCUUCAUAAUUGUUUGCUUUGCUAAAAUAUAACUGAAACGACUAAUAAAGGUGAAGUUGGAGGC